AUGGUUGUCCUGAAACUUUUUACGAAGAUUUCACCCGUCAUUGAAGAUAUUCGCGGUAUGUCGGAUUAUUCUGUCACGUCUGAGGCUAUCACACGAAUGUUCCGUUCUAAAGCGAAGAAAAAAGAGGAGACGGAGCAGAAAGCCGGAAUUCCACCUUCUCGGUCGCCAGAACGGCAGCUUCCACUUGCGCACAGCACUUCUCCGCCUUCGUUCUUUGGAGAAAAUGACAGGACGAAAAUUCUGCAAGAACUCCUCAAAUAUCUCCGAAAUGAGCCAGAGGAAGAUGCCGUGGGCGUAGUGACUGACUUUCUAUUCUAUUUGCUGCGAGAUGGCUGCCUUAAAACCUUAGUCACAAUGUGUCUUUCAUUACAAGGAUAUUUGUAUUCUUCGAAUGAAAAUCGCUCGAUUAACUAUGGCUGGCUGUUCGCACUUAACUUCAUAUUCGAUUCGCUUGAUGAAAAAUGUCGCGCAAUGUACGGCGCUCCUAUGAUACGUUCGGCAAUUGAAAAAUCCCAAAAAUUUGAUAUCAAGAACGAGCUACAAUAG